AAUGCAACAAAUUAAAGGUUUUUAAAAAUAAAAUUUGAGGACGUAAGGGCCAUUCCUUUAUUUUCUUCUCAAUUCAUUAUAUUUUACAAUUAUGCAUCCGUAGUGUGUAUUUACAGUGUAUAGGCGCAGGCUAUAAUUAUAAUACAUCAUGUUUAUUAAUAUUGUUGACAUCAGUUCUCCGUGAAAAUAAAACGCGCCAAAUGAGCCUCCGUUUUAAAUUAAAUGCAAAAAAAUGUAACACAAUAAUAAAGAAGACUCAAUUAAUAAUGAUAAAAUAUAAUUUUAUCAAUCAUUUAUGACCCAUUGUAAUGAUAACAUGCAUUUUGAAUUAUAAUUUAUAUUUUCAAUUAUUUCCAAAAUAUUUCUUUGAAAAUUGUAAUAAUAUUGUAAUGAUGUAAAUGUAAUGUAUAAUUUAUUUAUUAAUAGUUCUAUAAAAUUAUAUUUAUAUUAUAUAGUAAUUUUAUAUACUCUACUCUAUAAUUAUAAAUAAGUUUAUAGUUCAUACGUGCUUUUAUUGUGUUAUAACUUAUACUUAUAGUUAUUAGCUGUUCGUAUAGUAGUUAGUGUAUAACUAUUAAUAAUUAAUAAAUAAAUUAUACAUUACAAUUUCAAGAGCUUUUCACCCAGAUAGGUACAUGAGAUCUGCUUGAACAACCUGAAAAUCUCAGGGAAGGUGGGAGGCAUGCUCUCAUAAAUUGUCCAUGCUUGUCUGUUUAUCCAUUCACCUCCCUGAACUUAGAAUUGCACUGAAGAUCAAUCUGCUCCAUUUGAAGCUCCCCCCCAAAAAAAAAGGGGGGGGGGCAUCUUUCAAAUUAAAGGAGAAAUGGUCAGCAAAAAGUUGAAAAGUGGCUCUGUGUUUUGAAGUCUGCAAACAUGUGAUCAAAUACUUACAAUGGCAUCAGUAUACUACUAAAUGGUGUGCCCGAGUCUGAUUACUUUGCAUGUUGGUAAAUGGCAGAGUUAAAAUAGGCAAACACUGAAACGUAGUCAAAUGUAGUCUUAAGAAGCCUAACAAAGCAGUUUGAGUUAUUCUCUGGGUUUGCCUUGAUGGGAAAUAGAUUAACUGACCCAAGAAAAAAAUAGAAAGAAUAAUCUAUGAGGUUAAAAGUGGACAAAUUUAUUUUGUGUAGCCAAAUUGGCCUUAUAUUAAAGUUAAAAAACAGCUGUCACACACAAAAAUGAUAGGUAUCACUAGGAGAAAAAAAGGGUAAAUUAUAAUUAGCCUAUAAUAAUAAUCUCAUGCAGUACAAGCCACAAGUACAGGAUUAAAUAACACCAAUGAAUAUAAUUCAUUUUAUUCAUAUUAUAUUUAUAUGAGUCAUGAGGACAUACAUAAAUUUCAUCAUGAAUUUGUGAUGAGCAUUAUGAGGGUGUUCAAAUUUUGUGUUGGGUGAAAUAGCAUGACGUCAUUUGUGGGUAGUCUUUAAUGUUGAAAUGUAAGUAUUAUAUAAAAUAUUAUAUUUCCUAAAAUAUCAAAUACGGUAUCAACAUUCAUUAUCUAAUCAUCAGAAAAUUAGCAUCAUGUCAGAUCACACAGAAUACAAGAUUUCGGGUGUGUCUGUACAUUUUCCAUGCCGACCCUAUCCUUCACAGUUUUCCAUGAUGGACAAGGUAACCUCUUUUUGUCUAUUUGAAACAUUCAAAAUUAUGAAAUCAAAGUGCAUUUAUGAUGCUCAUCUUAAAGCCUAAUAUAUGCUUCAUUUUUAAAGAAAAACAUAUAAAUGAAAUGGUCUCAUAUUACUAUUUUUUAAAAACUAUUUAUAUUUUUAUAUUUCAGAUAAUUAAAGGCAUUGAUCGGCGACAAAAUUGCCUUUUAGAAAGUCCUACAGGCAGUGGGAAAAGUUUGGCACUUUUGUGUUCAUCCCUAGCAUGGCAAGUAGCAGAAAAGGGUGAGUUUAUUUGUAAGGAGCAAAUAUAUUUUUUAAUGGACCAUUUCUAUUUUUUUGUUAUAUAUCUUUUUUUUUUUUUUUUUUUACAUUUUUUUGUUUUAACGUUAAAAAGUUUUAAUACAUUUAUUUUUUUAUUUUUAGCUUUCAUUAAUUUCGUGCAGGAAAGCAUUCAAAUCAUUUUUAAUAUAUUUUUUAAUGGACCAUUUCUAUUUUUUUGUUAUAUAUCUUUUUUUUUUUUUUUUUUUACAUCUAUCUGUUUUAACGCUAAAAAGUUUACAUACAUUUAUUUUGUCAUUUUCAGCUUUCAUUAAAUUCGUGCAGGAAAGCAUUCAAAUCAUUUUACUAAAACAAAACGACAAACUAAUAAAAUUAGUAAAAGUUCAAUUUGGUAAUUUUGUUUACAUUUAAAGGCUAUUUCUUUCUUGUUUCCGUCACUCAAAUUAUUUUUUUGUUAGCAUUAUAUUUUUUUCUCACGACAGAAAAGAGAGACAAAGAGGAAGAGGAUGUAGCCAGUAAAGGUGAGUGA